GAACGAUACACAGUCUGACAGACAACACAGUUGUCGCCCAUCAUCCGGCCUCGAUGCCUUCUUCAUUUUCGGCUGAAAUGAACGGGACCGUGCACUACGCUAUGGUGGCCUUGCGGGAGAAAUCCGAUUGUAAAAUCAUCGCGGAUUAUUCCGUGGAUCCAAAUCCGAUCUAUCGUACUAUUGCCCUCGGUACCAUUGAUAGCGUGAGAACCGAGGAUGACAAAAUUAGCGUCGAUAAGAGUAGGUACACAGUACACAUAUUGAUUGGGGAUCUUUACUAUGUCUGUUUGACAUCGAAAGUGGAUUGCCCUUCAUCAGCGAUAUGGGUAGAAUCGUGCUGUCAAAUAUUUCUGCAGAGAGUGAGGAGCGUGUAUAAAGAAUUACCACUGGCGGAUCUAUCGAAAAAUCUGAUCAAUCUUGUAGAAGAUGAUCUCUCAAAACCGUUAAAAAAAAUGAUUGAAGAGUAUAAUCAGGGUAAUGGUUGUAAGAAUCUGACCUCAAAACUAGAGGAAGAAUUGGUUGAGGUACGUCGAAUAUUGAUGAAUGGAGUCCAAAAGUUGAUUGAUAGGGGCGAAAGGUUAGACGAACUCAUCCGAAAGACGCAGAACCUCGAAAUUUCGGCUUGGUUCCGCGGUAUUAUCACCCGCAAUCAUGUUCGUAAACUUCACGAAAACGCAACGGUUCUGCAACGUCAUUGGCGCGGUUAUCACGCCAGGAUGUUCAUUAAUCAGUAUUUAGCCGAACGUGUUCGCCAGAUGUGGCAACAUCAUUACAAUAACAUGGCAACGAGGAUCCAGGCCGUUUGGAGAGGCUAUUGGUCCAGAAAAACACAGAUAAACUUUUUGCAAUUGCAACAAUGGUUGAGGAACGUUUACACGAAGAACAACGAGACUUUAGAGAAUAUGAAAAAAUUUAGACAAGGAGAGCUUGAGCACGCAGAAAGCGUGACUGAACAAGAAGCAAUGCUUUGGAUUUUAUUUAUCUUGUUCAAGGUAAAAUAA